CUCGUUUUCUACCUCGUUCACAUCGCCGCCUUCGAGCGCUCUCGUCGUCCAUAUCGUUAAAUCCUCCAUCUCGGCCUUUACUUGAAAGAUCUCGCUGAAGGGUUUCUUCGUCUUCCUCCACACGAAAUGCAGACGCUUCUCUCCCCUGCAGCUUUACAAAUCCCUACAUCGGAGGGGCUCCGCGGCUGUCCAUCGAUUCCUACGGUUGCUACCCGGAGAUGCAGAUAUGGGAGGGUGGCAGCUCGGUCGGCGCGGGUGAGGGCUGCCGUAGCUGCUGCUGCGAUUGCUCCGAGGAGGGAGACGGAUCCGAAGAAGCGGGUUGUGAUCACGGGGAUGGGGCUGGUCUCGGUUUUCGGAAAUGACGUGGAUAAGUUCUAUGAGCGCCUGCUCGAGGGGGAAAGCGGGAUUGGAUUGAUAGAUCGGUUUGAUGCCUCGGUGUUCCCUACGAAAUUCGCCGGACAGAUUAGGGGUUUCUCGUCGGAAGGGUAUAUUGACGGGAAGAACGACCGCAGGCUUGAUGAUUGCAUGAGAUAUUGUCUCGUGAGCGGGAAGAAGGCACUAGAAAACGCUGACCUAGCACUUGGAAGCGCCGCUCUUAGUAAGGUUGACAAAGUUCGAGCUGGUGUUCUAGUGGGAACAGGCAUGGGGGGGGUUUCUGUGUUUUCUGAUGGUGUUCGAGCUCUGAUUGAUAAAGGCUAUAGAAAAUUAACGCCAUUCUUUAUUCCAUAUGUGAUUCCCAACAUGGGUUCUGCUUUGCUCGCUAUGGACAUUGGUUUCAUGGGUGCAAACUAUUCAAUUUCUACUGCUUGUGCUACAUCCAAUUACUGUUUCUAUGCUGCUGCAAAUCAUAUUCGUCGAGGAGAUGCUGAUUUAAUGAUAGCUGGAGGAACUGAAGCUUCAAUCAUUCCCAUCGGUCUUGGUGCAUUUGUUGCCUGUAGAGCUCUAUCCCAAAGGAAUGAUGAACCCCAGACUGCAUCAAGGCCAUGGGAUAAAGGUCGUGAUGGAUUUGUUAUGGGUGAAGGUUCUGCAGUACUGGUUUUGGAAAGCCUUGAACAUGCAAUGAAACGGGACGCCCCAAUUAUUGCAGAGUAUUUGGGAGGUGCUGUUAACUGUGAUGCCUAUCACAUGACUGAUCCCAGGGCUGAUGGUCUUGGUUUGUCUACUUGUAUACAGAAAAGUCUUGAAGAUGCUGGUGUAGCUCCAGAAGAGGUUAAUUAUAUAAAUGCUCAUGCUACAUCUACACCUGCUGGUGACCUUGCUGAGUUGAAUGCUAUAAAAAAGGUUUUCAAUAACUCGAAGGACAUCAAGAUGAAUGGAACUAAGUCCUUGAUAGGCCAUUCCCUUGGAGCUUCUGGAGGUUUCGAAGCCAUCACUUGUGUAAAGGCUAUUACUACUGGGUGGUUGCAUCCUACUAUAAACCAAUUUGAUCCCGAGCCUUCACUCGAAUUUGAUACUGUGGCUAACAAGAAGCAGCAACAUGAAGUCAAUAUUGCCAUUUCUAAUUCUUUUGGAUUCGGAGGCCACAACGCAGUUGUGGUGUUUGCGCCAUUUAAGCCAUGAGGGGGCAUUGUUUGUGCAGAUUAUAUUCCUUGAUACAUUCCAAGUUGAAGAACCAUUUAUUUUAUUUGAUGUAUUUGUCGAGAUCUAAAACAUUUAUAAUAAUGAUCUUGUAAUCUUUUUCUCUCUCUAGAAUGCAAACACACGCCACCACUCAUCAUCACCAACUUCGAAGUGCUUACUCUUUAUUUUGUUCUGUAAUAAUGAUGAUACAAUGUCUAUAUAAAAACCUUUCAAUAUCUUUUGAAAUUUGAACUAUUUACUUUUCCUAUUA